AUGGCUCAACGAAUUGUUGCUUUCGCGGCCCUGGUAUCUGUUGUCGCAGGACAGUCAGGCGGUAUACAGAAAGGUCUCCAGUAUGGCGAGAACUGGGCACCUACCACCAAAGACUCUGACCUAGUCUCAGCCAACUUCCCCGACGUCAACAUCACUCUCCGAUCACCUGCUUUUCUGAGCCCUGAGAAGAUCCCUGCUCGCUUCUCAAACGGCACUGAAGGUCCCACUAAUGAUAUUGAGCUCGACUACUUUAUUCGCAACCUUGCUCAGAAGCAUGACUGGAUGAGCUAUGAAUCCGCGGCUUUUCAAUCGGAAGAAGGCCGUGCGAUUCAAUAUGUUUUUCUGUCACUGCCAAAUACCAACUCGAGUAGCGGCAAGCUUCGCAUCUAUCUCCAAGCUGCAAUCCAUGGUAAUGAGCCAGCUGCUGAUGAGUCUGUCCUUGCGUUCCUGGGUAAGAUGGAUGCGGAACCUGAGUGGGCCAAGUCGAUCUUGGAGAAGAUGGACAUCAAGAUCCUUCCUCGAUAUAACGUCGACGGUGUUGCCUAUUUUCAGAGACAGUUGGCUUCAAAUCUUGAUCCUAAUCGGGAACACCUAAAGCUUAUGCGUCGUCAGUCAAGGGAUAUCAAGCGAGUCGUCAGUGAAUGGAACCCUCAUAUUGCUCUCGACAUGCACGAGUUCACUGUGCCUACAAUCUACGGGGGGCAUUACCAACACGGCGCCGACUCUCUGCUGUCCGGCGGCAUCAACCCCAACAUUCAUCCCAAGAUUCGCGAGCAGCUCCUCGACUUCUUCAUCCCAGCUGUAGGGGGGAAACUUGAGUCCCAAGGCCUUCGGUGGGAGCCAUAUGUAACUGGGCCUUCGAGCCGAACAGAAGGAUCGCGUAUUCGCUUCACUGAAGCUGUGACCGAGGCACGCACUGGCCGUAAUGCAGUCGGGCUGACACAGACGAUCUCAUUCUUGCUCGAGAUGCGCGGUAUUCGUAUCGCCAAUCAGCACUUUCAACGUCGUGUUGCGACUGCUCUUAUCAAAAUCCAGACCAUUCUUGAGUUGGCGAGGGAUGAUGCUGACAAGGUCAGGUCUGUCGUGGAAAACGCUCGUGAGGAUUUCAUCAACAGUGAUGAAGAUAUCGUCAUCACCGAUUCAUAUGUUCCUGAGAAUCGGACAUUUACCAUGGUCGAUACUCGUAACGGGAGUGUUGUGCAAGUGCCAAUCGACUUCCAGCGGACUACCCCGUCGAUUGCCAAUCUCACCAGACCCCGACCCGAAGCUUAUGUGAUCCCGCGGACUUGGUCCGAUGUUGCCGAGAGGCUCGAAAUCCUGGGACUGAAAGUUGAAAGGAUGAACUACGAGUUUCGACGGACAUUGGAAACCUUGAGGAUUGAGACUUCAGUUGUUGAACCUGAGCUAUAUGAAGGCACGUAUCUCAAUACCGUCACCACCAAUUCGACCCGUCGAGAAGUCGUGCUGCCGGCCGGAAGCUAUUACGUUAGCACGAGGCAACAGAAUGCGGCUUUGGCGUUUAUCGCUCUGGAGCCGGAGAAUAUUGACAGUUACGUGAAGUUCAAUAUCAUUCCGGUCGAAGCGGGGAUGGAGUAUCCUGUAUUUAGAGUCCCGCGUGACCACUUCAUCCACAAGUGGUGGCUCUUGCAGCGUGCUGACCUCGAGCCUCACAUUGCAACAAUAUCUCUCCAUGUCACCUCGCAUCUUGGUUACUCUACCGAGCAGCCUCAUCAAACACGCUCCCCUCAGAUGCUCAGAGACGGGGAGGUAUGCAUAGUGAUAUGCGACCCAGGCUUGAGAAACGUCGUGACAAGGAAUGAGGCGGCUGGUGGAGGUCACAUUUUCCCAGUCGGUCAGCAACCAGCAGAAGUAGCUUGUGUUGAUUUCUUCGCCUCGGACAUCGGAGUCACGGUGAGACAAGGGCCCUCCGAAGACCAGUAUCGCCGACGAUCUGUGCUUCUAUCUCGCGAACUAUUCCUCGCUACCAGGCCUGACUUGCGAAACACCGGACAUUGUCUCCUUGUUCCUCCAGAAGAUUGUUGCCAGCCCCUACCUGAGGCAUCUCGAUCAGCUACGAAAAACUAUUGCUCAGUCACAGAGUCCGAUGCGAUGGACCUCUGA